AUGUCCAUAGUCAUUCCCGGCCAGUACAUCACGCCAGCGUACAAGCUUGCCGACUCCAAGAUCCAGAAAUACUACCCUCGCAAGGGAGCCAUCUUGUCCCACAUAGGAGAAGGAGCCAACCGUAUCCCCGUAAUAGUGGCCACCGUGGUGGGCAAGGUCGUUUACCACGAAGUGGACGAGGGUUCCGAGGUCCAGCUGUUCUUGGUUUCAGUGAUGCCCAAGUCCAACACCUACCACGCCUACGAGCAGGAAUCUAAGGACUUCAGGGAGUCCAAUUCGAUCUCGAUCAAUUUGCCCAAGGAGAACGACGUUGUUUUAGUCAAAAUCACCAAAAUCAAUACCAGACAAGCUUACUGUGAAAUUUUGACUGUGGAAGGGUUCGGAAACGUUUUGCAAGAUUCAGGUGUUGGGGCCAACGGUGAGUUGGCUCAUACCUCUGUACCAUACGGAGGCGGCUCCCAGGCAUUUUCCAGCCACCAAACUGUGGCCUCCAGCCAGUCCACUCUCACCAGCGCAGUCACGAAUGACUUAGGCGAAAACUUCAAGGGGAUCAUAAGGUCCCAGGAUGUUAGAUCCACAGAUAGAGACAAGGUUAAAAUCAUCGAGAGCUUCAAGCCAGGUGACAUUGUCAGAGCCAUUAUUAUUUCCUUGGGUGAUGGUUCCAACUACUACUUGAGCACAGCCAAGAAUGACUUGGGGGUAUUAUUCGCCAAGAGUGAGAAUGGAAGUGGUGACUUAAUGUUCCCAGUGGACUGGCAAACUAUGGUCGACAAGACCAGUGGUGUAGUGGAAAAGAGAAAGUGUGCAAAGCCAUUUACUGAGUAG